UAUAAAUACCACUUCCGCGAAGCAUUAAUCUGCAUUGAGCAACUUAAGCUAUUGAGAUAGAUAGAGAGAGAGAGAGAGAGAGUGUUGUUAGAGAUAUGGAGAACUUGAAAUUCCCAGUUAUUAGCUUGGACAGCCUUAAUGGUGAUGGGAGGAAGGCCACCAUGGAGAAGAUCAAAGAUGCUUGUGAAAACUGGGGAUUCUUUGAGCUGGUGAAUCAUGGAAUACCACAUGAUUUAAUGGACACUGUGGAGAGGUUGACCAAAGAUCACUACAGGAAAUGCAUGGAAGAGAGGUUUAAAGAAUUAGUGGCAAGCGAAGGGCUAGACGCUGUUCAAACUGAGGUCAAAGACAUGGAUUGGGAGAGCACCUUCCAUUUGCGUCACCUUCCUGAGUCAAAUAUUUCUGAGAUCCCUGAUCUGACUGAUGAGUACAGGAAGGUGAUGAAGGAGUUUGCUUUAAGGUUAGAGAAGCUAGCUGAGGAGCUUCUAGACUUGCUAUGCGAGAAUCUUGGGUUAGAGAAAGGUUACCUCAAGAAGGCCUUUUAUGGAUCAAGAGGUCCUACUUUUGGUACCAAGGUUGCCAACUACCCUCCUUGUCCUAAACCAGAGCUGGUCAAGGGUCUUCGUCCCCACACCGACGCUGGCGGCAUCAUCCUUCUCUUCCAGGACGACAAGGUCAGUGGCCUUCAGCUGCUCAAAGAUGACCAGUGGAUCGAUGUGCCUCCAAUGCGCCACUCCAUAGUCGUCAACCUCGGUGACCAGCUCGAGGUGAUCACAAAUGGGAAGUACAAGAGUGUGGAGCAUCGUGUGAUCGCACAAACAGACGGAACCAGAAUGUCCAUAGCCUCAUUCUUCAAUCCAGGCAGCGACGCUGUGAUCUACCCAGCACCAACAUUGGUGGAGAAGGAGAAGAACGAAGAGUACCCCAAGUUUGUGUUCGAAGAUUACAUGAAUCUGUACGCGAGGCUCAAGUUCCAGGCCAAAGAACCAAGAUUUGAAGCCUUCAAAGCAUCAAAUAUGAAUCUGGGUCCAAUCGCAACUGCUUAAGAAGGAGCUAAUAAACUGUCGUUUGACAUGAAGAUUAUGUUAUAUGUAUCUCCAUAAGUAGGAAGAUUCCAGUUGGAAAAGACGAUGACAUCUCAAACUGGAUAUUAUAUAUUAUAUUACAUUAGCGCUUUACUUAAAGUUGAAUUGUGGUGAAGAAGUUGAUUUCUGUAUGAAGUAAACUUUCAACCAAAAUCAGUUUAUAUAUAUAUAUAUAUAUAUAUUAAUAUUUAAUUAGCAUAAA